AUGCAGCAACGCGCACUACUUCUUUCUGCCCUCGUGGCCGUCGCUCAAGCCCAGCAGGCUGGUACGCAGAAAUCAGAGACCAAGCCUUCUCUGACUUGGCAAAAGUGCACUGCCAGUGGCUGCACUGAUCAAUCCGGAUCUGUUGGUAUCGAUGCCAACUGGCGUUGGGUUCACUCAACCAGCGGAUCCACCAACUGCUACACCGGCAACACGUGGGAUGCGACUCUCUGCCCGGACGACGAGACCUGUGCCACAAACUGUGCCCUGGAUGGCGCAGACUAUUCUAGCACUUACGGUGUGGAGGCUAGUGGCGAGUCUCUCUCACUGACCUUCAAGACCGGCUCCAACGUCGGCUCUCGUCUGUUCCUGAUGGAGGAUGACAGCACCUACCAGAUUUUCAAGCUCCUCAACCAGGAGUUCACCUUUGAUGUCGACGUUUCCGCUCUUCCUGCGUACGAGAACAACAAGGCUGGUGCCAAGUACGGAACUGGUUACUGUGACGCGCAGUGCCCCCGUGACCUGAAGUUCAUCAACGGACAGGGCAACGUCGACGGCUGGGAGCCCUCCUCUAACGAUGCCAACGCUGGUGUUGGCGGCCACGGCUCUUGCUGUGCGGAGAUGGAUAUCUGGGAGGCCAACAGUAUCUCAACCGCCGUGACUGCCCACCCCUGCAAGGAGGCCGGACAGACCAUGUGCGAGGGCGACAACUGCGGCGGCACCUACUCUUCCACCCGCUACGCCGGAACCUGCGACCCCGACGGAUGUGACAUCAACCCUUACCGCAUGGGCAACGAGAGCUUCUACGGCCCCGGCAAGACUGUUGAUACCAGCUCUAAGAUGACCGUUGUCACCCAGUUCAUCACCAGCGACGGUACCGCCACCGGCACCCUCAGCGAGAUCAAGCGUAUCUAUGUUCAGAACGGCAAGGUCAUUGCCAACUCGGCUUCUGAUAUUACCGGUGUCACUGGUAACUCGAUCAACUCGGACUUCUGCACCGCGCAGAAGGAGGCCUUUGGCGAUCAGGACGUCUUCGCUCAGUACAACGGCAUGUCUGGUAUGGGCGAGGGCCUGGAGCAGGGUAUGGUUCUCGUCAUGAGCUUGUGGGAUGACCACUACGCCAACAUGCUCUGGUUGGACAGCAACUACCCCACCGACGCCACAGCUACUGACCCUGGUGUUGCUCGUGGCACUUGUGGCACUGACUCUGGGAAGCCUAGUGAUGUCGAGUCUGCCUCGGCUGAUGCCAAGGUGGUCUUCUCGAACAUCAAGGUUGGUCCCAUUGGCUCCACCUACUCUUCUUAA